CUCUCGCUUCCCCUCCCGAACGAAAACCCCAUUUCCUCCUCCCCCUCGGAAACCCCAGCCAUAGCUAGGGCUUCCGCCGCCGCGUCCAUGGCCGACGACGGCGCCGACGCCGACGCGGGCGACCGCGAGAAUGCAGACCCCAACCGCUGCUCCACUGCCGACGCGCCUCCACCUCCCGAGGACACCGGAGACAAAUUGGACCUGGAUAUCAACAGCACACUCUCUACUCAGUUGCUUGAGCCAAAACCCAGGGAAAAUAAGGAGCUUGGGUCACAUGAUAUCCACUCUAAUUCUGCAAACACAUCACGAAACGGUGAUGAAAGGAACAAUACUCCAAAGAAAAGAGAUGUUUUCAGGCCUUCUGUGUUUGAUAGAAUAGCUGGCCACCAUGACCAACGGUGUGAUGAUGCCACCAAACCAAAUUCAGAUUCCCAUCGUAAUCGUUGGAGGGAAAUGGAAAAGGAACAUAGUGAUAUGAACAAGAUGGAAUGGCACUGUGAUGACUCCAAGCAGUAUCUUGAUAGCCACCUGAGUCCACGAGAGCGUUGGGGAAGCUCAUCUAGUAAGGAGGGAAACUUUGACCAACGCCGUGAUAAUAAGUGGGAUGCUCGAUGGGGUGUCAGUAGUAAAGAUUCUGAAAAUUGGCGUGACAGGUCAUCAGAUUCAGAUAGAAAAGAUGAUACUCCCCGUGAAAAAGUUUUUUCUCACAAUACAGGUAAUGGGAAAGAUGUUAGCGAUCCUGAGAAGGGGAAUGAAAGGGACAACAAUAUUUCUCGAUCUUGGAACUCCAGCUAUUUUGCGAGCCGUGGCACGGGAGGUACUUCUGAUCAUCAUUCCCUGGCACCACAGAAGUCAUCUGCUUCACUUGGAUACAGUAGAGAGAGACAGGAAAGUGAUAACCCAAACUCAACAAGUUCCCACAGAAGGCUUACAUCUGUUACAAGCAGAGUCAAUACUCGAACUACACGCCCAUUCCACCUUGGCGUACUUUCAGAUAGGCCUGGUGGUGCAGCUAGAGACUCUCUGCGUUAUAGCAGGAUGAAAUUGCUUGAAAUUUACAGAUCAACUGAUGUUACAAACUUUGCAAUGCCGUUAGAUGAUGCUGAGGAGAUCUCACUGUGGCAAGAAGAUCCUAUGGAGCCUUUUGCUCUCAUUGCACCUAAUUCUGAAGAAGCGGUGAUUUUGAAAGGUAUUGAAAGAGGGGAUGUCACAAACAGUGGGGCACAAGCUUGCAAAGAUGGUUCUGCUGAAAAAAGUAAUCCAGAUGUGGUGCCACUAGAACAGUCAAACAUAACUGGAAGAGAAGAUCAGGCAGGAAGCAGUGAAGAUUUGAAGGGCGAAAUAACCAUCAGCAUCAGGGGAAUUCCUGUGGAUGCUGAUUUGAGCAAGCGCUUGAAGUCUGAUAAAUCUCCUUAUACUGCUCCACAAGAAUCUGAGUCUAUUUGCGGUCGUAUCCAUGGGCCAUCUGCUGAAUUUGGACAUCAGUAUAAUGUCUUGGACCCAGGAACUAAAGUUGGUGAAAUGGAUGGUGUAGGUGACAUUAUCAGCCCAGAAAACCUUUCUUUAUACUACAAAGAUCCAAAAGGGCAAACCCAGGGUCCUUUUUCUGGAUCUGACAUCAUUGGUUGGUUUGAGGCUGGUUUUUAUGGUAUUGAUUUGCUAGUUCGCGUUGCAAGUGCUCCCUGUGAUUCUCCUUUCUUAUUACUUGGGGAUGUGAUGCCACACUUACGAGCAAAAGUAAGGGUGCCUCCAGGCUUCAGCAACACCAAACCAAGAAGUAUGCCAGAGACCUCACAUCUAGGACCUGCGUAUCUUGAUAUAUCCGAUUAUGGGUCCAUAAACAAGAAUGGUAGUGUAACUGAAGCUGAAAAUCACUUUCUGGAGUCUCCGAUGUCUAGUAACACCCUGAACCCCAGAGCAGAAACUAGCCCUGUUGCUGGAGGUAUGAAUGAAUGGAGCUGCAGUAAAUUUAGCAAUCUUUCUAUUUCCGGUGGCGAGAAUGCCAAUAGCAUAAACUAUCUUGCAGCACAGAAGAAGGGGCUGCUAGAGAGAGGAAAUCCCUUUCAAAUAGAAAGUGACAUCGUAUCAGUUGAACAGACACAAAACAAAGAUUCAGUCCAGUCAACAUCACACUCAACGUCAUUCCCUCAAGUGGUUGACCCAUCAAGCGAAGCUCCCCAAUCUCAGAACGUUAACCUGCUCUCAGUACUGCUUCCUGCAGGAAAACAUCAAGCACCGACUGCUAAUUCUGGAUUGCCACUUUGGUCUACUCCUGAGUCUGGAAAUCUGCAUCCUGGUAUGUGCGGUAUAGAUCUUGCUCAAGAGGUACAUGUGCGCCAAAAUCUGCACAAUUCUCAGCAAAUAGGUAUUGAUGGUCAACAGCAUUACUCUGUGACACAGAAUCAACCAACUGUGGCUUGUUUGAACUCACAAACCUUGCAGCCAGAAAAGUUUCUCAGUGAAAUAUCUCAGGAUCCUCAGUUAUUAAACAUAUUGCAACAACAGUAUCUGCCAUCAAGGCUACAGUUGCAGUUACUGAUGCCUGGAAUUUCUCAACCUCAGCCCUCUCUAUCAAACAACAUGCUACAGCUCAGGCAGCAGGAGCACCAAGAACUGCAACAACAGCAUCAAUACAUUUCUCAGGUCCUACUUCAUGAUUGUUCUACACGGCAGCUUUAUCAUCCUUCUUAUGGGACAAAGCACAUUUCGUUGUCAUCUGGUGAUUGUUUGAAGCUUUGUCUUCAAAGAACACAGGAGAUUCUUGAACUUGCUCAGAAGUUACCUUGUCAUGGUAUGCAUGAGAUGCAACUGCCUAGAGGCACAGAGGUUAGUGGUUUCUCGGAAAGUUGGGUUCCUGCUCUACCGCUGCCCCAUGAGAUGAUGGGCUAUGCACCUCAGAAAGAAUGUUCUGCUGGUCUCACGCAGGGUUUUGCAGUUAUUGAUCCUUCAGGAAAAGAAAAUAUAGUAGACUCAACAUCUAAGAAAACUCUGAGUUCUGGAUCUAAUGAGGACAGCAAGGUGACUGUUUUGGAAGCUAAAGGUUUUCCUCAAUCAUAUCAAGAUCUUGCAAAUUUGGAAAACGUAUCAUCUCAUAUCUCCAAUCAAGUUCAUGAUUUGGAAAUUUCCUCUAUCCAUCCUCAUCCAUGGAAACCUACUCCAGAAGUUAGGACUAAAUCACUGUCAGAAAUUCAAGCAGAGGAACAAUUGAAAGCACAGAGGGAAACAGCCAUGGAAAGUGCUAAAGUAACUACAACAGCCCCUUUGGUGUCAUCUAUUCCUUGGGCUAGCUUGGCUCAAACUUCUGAGCAACAGUUUGGAGAUGAGACCAAAUCUAAGGGUGGUCGAGAAAAUGUCAAUGUAUCAUGGAAUAAGAGAAGCCAGUUGCAUGAUUUAUUGGCAGAAGAGGUACUGGUAAAGUCGAAUGACAAAGAUGCUGUCAUCAUAGAUAGUGCUGAUAAUACAUCUUUUCCUCCUUUGGCACCUUAUGCUACUCAGUGUGGUGCUCAUUAUCUUGAUGAUAGUGAUUUCAUUGAGGUCAAGGAUACAAGAAAGAAAAGGAACAGGGCAGAGAAAUCCAAAGGCUCUGCAGUUAAAGCCCCAGCAUCACUUGAUUCAUUUAAUCCGUCAGUGAUGCCUUUGCCUAUUGGAAAGGGAAAGCCUGGCAAGCAGGCCCAGCAAGAAGAGGAGGAACUUCCUCCUCUACCAAAUGCUCCAUCUCUGGGAGAUUUUGUUCCUUGGAAGAGCGAUGAAGCAAAUGUUGUACCUGGCCCAGCAUGGUCUACUGACCCUCCACAGGUGCACAAACCAUUGUCUCUGAGAGAUAUUCAGAUGGAAGAACAGGAAUCGGGUAGUCUGCAGCAACUAGUACCAGCAUCAUCCCAUGCAGAAGAGCCUAUGAACCAGCAGAGUCGUGGGAACGAUUCAUCCUGUCAAGAUUCUGAAUCACCUCCAUUGGGGGUUAAUGGAACCCUCCAAAUGACUUCCCAAGUUUCCAGUCACUCCAAUACGCAUUCUGAUGAGGAUCUAUUUUGGGGGUCUCAUGAACAUGCAAAGCAAGAUAAGUCGGAAUUCCAAUCUGCAAGUCAGAGUGGAGGAGCUUCCAUGUUCAAUGCGACAUCUGCUGCAUUGGACAUUCAGAAGAAAGGGAAGAAAGGUAAAAGGCUGAGCUCAUCAGUUUUGGGGUUCAAGGUUCACAGCAAUCGGAUCAUGAUGGGCGAGAUAAUGCACGCGGAAGAUUAGAGAGUCACGAGUAACGACGGCCAUCAAUUCGUUUACUGAUGCCCAUAGCUUACACUUCGCAUCACCGUUUAAGUAUGAUCUUUUUGCAUAGGAGACGAGUUUUCUACAGGUGAUUAUUAGUAAAGCAGAUCAUUCACUGUCAUGGUUCACGGCAGAAGCGAUGAGAUUUGAAGUUGAGCAUCUGGCAACAGAUGUGGUAUUCAAUGGUUGUAACUUAAAAUUCAUGUAAUAUUUGUUGCCGGGCGAAUUUUGCAAUCCUAACAUAUACUGCGAAACUGGAGGCUGGAGCUUCCAGAGUCACGGGACACCAUCAUCAGGUUCCCCU